CUUCAUCGGUUCAAUCACGAGCGGCACCCACUUCACCUCUCCCUGCUCCUCUGGCUCUCGCCUCUCUCUACACAUAUAUAACCACCAUCGCGGGCUCUCAAGAACGCUAGUCCAUAGCUCGCGCGCGCGCCUCCAACUCGACCAAUUAAUCCAGCCGCCACCGUCCAGCCCCCCAAAGCACUUGAUUAAUAAUCGAUCGACCGAUAUGCAUCCGCUGAUGGGGGCUCUGCUGGAGGCAGGGGACGGCCGUCGCUGGUCUCGUUGCUUCUUCUCCUUCUUCUUGGGCCCCGUGGCGCGGCAGGCGGCGGCGUGGGCGGGCGCGCUGGCGCUGGCCGUGUCCGUGGCGUCGUUCGCGCCCGAGGCCGCGUUCGUCUGGGCGCUCUCCGGCGGCGGCGGCGGCGGGUGCGCGGCCGGGGCGGUGCGCGUGCCGCUCGACGGCGGCGGGGACCACCUGUGCGUGCCGGCGAGGAUGGCCGGCCGGACCUGCGCCGACCUCCUCGUGCCGCCGGCCUUCGCCGCGCUCUCCGUCGCCGCAUCCGCCUGCUUCGUCCGCGCGCUCGCCAUCGGCCGCCGCCGCGACGGCUACGAGUACUAGCUCUCUUUCACGAUCGUAGAAGCCGCGCGGAGCAGAGACACGACGACGACGAACAGCUCGUCACGAACUUCCUUCCUUUUCCAGUUCAAAAAAAAAAAACUUCCUUCCUUGCCCUCGACAUAUUAGAUGACAUGCGUUUCCUCUCUAAGAUCUUGUACGUACAUUGACGCCUUGUUAAUCUCAACUGUACUAAUAUAUACACAAAAAACACUUGCAACAA